GUGUCCCGGGCGAGGUCGCGCCGUCCUCACGUAGCCGCGCCUCCAGCUCCUCGCCGUAGCCCUAUAUGAGGGCCGCCGCGGCCGCCGGAGCAUGGGACCUGCAGUGCAUCCCCGGAGAUGGGUCUGGCGGAGGAGCACCUGCUGGACAAGCUCGCCUACCUGGAGUGCUUAAUGGGAUUAGUGGCGCACGGACUGCUCCUGCUGCGGGGGUCGCCCUACGGCCGCCACGCGUCCAACUCUGGUCUCCGGUUGCCGGCGCGGGCCGCCUGGCUGAUGCAGGAGCUGCCCUCGCUGGCCGUGCCGCUCUACGAGUGCGCCCGCGCGUCGCCCGAGCGCCUCCGCAGCUGGCCCAACUGCAUCCUUCUGGCCAUGUUUCUCAUCCACUACCUACAACGGUCCUUGAUUUUCCCAUUUCUGAUUCGAGGAGGAAAACCGAUUCCUCUGCGUUCGUGGGUGUAUGGAUGCUUGUUCUGCUCCUACAACGGCUACUUGCAAGGCAGGUACUUGACCCAAUAUGCAGUGUACGCUGACGACUGGGUAACAGAUCCCCGUUUCCUAAUAGACGACCUUAUCUUCUUACACCCCACCUAUCAGAAGAAGAAAGAGGACAUACUUUUGAGUUCUUGUUCCGCCAUGUGGUUAACAGGCAUGCUGAUAAACAUCCAUUCAGAUCAUAUCCUCAGGAAUCUCAGAAAACCAGGGGAGACUGGAUACAAAAUACCCAGAGGUGGAUUAUUUGAGUGUGUAACUGCUGCCAACUACUUCGGAGAAAUGGUGGAGUGGUGCGGCUACGCGCUGGCCGGCUGGUCCCUGCAGGGCGGGGCUUUUGCUCUGUUCACCUUUUGUAUUUUAUUGUCCAUAGCAAAGCAGCAUCAUCAGUGGUACCUUCAGAAGUUUGAAGAUUACCCAAAGUGCAGAAAAAUUGUAAUUCCGUUUUUGUUUUAAUUAUCAAUGAAAUUAUCUCCAACUUGAAGCUUUUCAAUGAUGUUCCUCUGAAGGCUGUAUGUAUCAUAUCUCUGUAAUUUUCCUGCUACUUCAUUGUUUUUGAGACGUGCUCUAGGAAUUUUCUUCCUAAUAAAUUUAUAAGCUCCCUUCAGGCUGAAAUGCAGGCUGAAGGACCAUGCUGGAUAACAAGUGGUCACUGCUGAUGAUUUUUCUAACUUCAAACUUAACCUCUUUGGACUAUGUAACGCUAAGUGUGUAUAAAACCAGAAUUUACAUCUGUCUUUGGUGGCCUCUGUGGAACGACAGAUGUCACUGUCCCUUUUAUGGCCCCCAUGAUGAGUCCUUCAAGGGCUGUGGAAGCUGUGUCCUCCUUCCAUAAGGUGUCCCAGUAGGCCAGAGAAACCUGAGGAACCUGCUGUGUAGUCUAGUCCUGGCCUGGGGAAACUUGCCAGCCUUUGCUGGUGGUCACUGUGUGAAGAUAGAGGAGCCCCAGCAGCCCAUCUGAGACUGGACAGAGGCAUCUGGUACUUGUUCUAGCCCAGCAGGUGAUGUCACUGGGCAGGGGAGGGCGCCAAUGGCAGCAGAUAGGGUUUGUUAGUCCAGAAGCUGCUCUGUCCCACGCAGGUACUUCUGGACCCUCAGGUGGCAGUGCAAAGGUACAGCUCAGCCUUCACAUCCUGGGUCACUCGCCGUGAGCCUUCACGGUUCUCUGAUCUGACAUGAUUUUGCUGCUUUGAUGCAGAGAACCUCUUGUGAUAUGGUGUGACUGUAAUGAAGAGCAAUGAUUUUGCAGAGGAAUUUUGUUACUGUGUGAACUCAGGCCCUUUUUCUGACCAAAUAAUAGUUUGAAACCCCAAUGCGAUAAAUAGUGUGUCAUCUCAGGAAACCUCAACAGUUAUAGCCUAUCUUGAUGGACUUGGGACCCAGUGUUCUGAAAGGUUUACUUGGCCAGGAGAGAGGUGCUCAUCUGAGCCCCAGAGAAGCUCACUGGGGAUAUGACUUCUGUCGACAUCCCUUUUUUACUGGAACAACUCACAUGUGCACAAGUCUGCGUUAACUCAAGACUGGAUGUGCUUUACUGCUUGGCCAGAAUUCACUGGGCAAAUGAUUAACAGGAGAAGAAAUCCUGGCCCGUCUUACCUCUCACUGCCUUCUGUUUCCUAAAAGCUGUAACUUGUCAUGUUCGUUACAUAAUAAAGGAGAUUAAUAAAAUUACA